AUGGACCACGACAGUCCGGACCACGACAGUCCGGACCACGACAGUCCGGACCACGACAGUCCGGACCAUGGACCACGACAGUCCGGACCAUGGACCACGACAGUCCAGACCACGACAGUCCGGACCAUGGACCACGACAGUCCAGACCACGACAGUCCGGACCAUGGACCACGACAGUCCAGACCACGACAGUCCGGACCAUGGACCACGACAGUCCGGACCAUGGACCACAACAGUCCGGACCACGACAGUCCGGACCACGACAGUCCAGACCAUGGACCACGACAGUCCGGACCACGACAUUCCGGACCAUGGACCACGACAGUCCGGACCACAACAGUCCGGACCAUGGACCACGACAGUCCAGACCACGACAGUCUGGACCAUGGACCACGACAGUCCAGACCACGACAGUCCAGACCAUGGACCACAACAGUCCAGACCAUGGACCACGACAGUCCGGACCACGACAGUCCGGACCAUGGACCACGACAGUCCGGACCACGACAGUCCGGACCAUGGACCACGACAGUCCGGACCAUGAACCACGACAGUCUGGACCAUGAACCACGACAGUCUGGACCAUGGACCACGACAGUCCGGACCAUGAACCACUACAGUCCGGACCAUGAACCACUACAAUAUGGACCAUGGACCACAAGACCAUGA